AUGUACGGUGCAAAGGGAGCGUCACUGAUCAACACCGUUGCCAGGCAAAGUGCUCUCUCCAAGCAAUUGGCAGCUGGCCACAGCUCAAAAUCAACAGCGUUCCUUACCAAUCUAUCGACCCGCAAUGUUUCUGCUGGCAAAUUGUCUUAUACGACGAGUCGAGCUUCACAGCAUCUCAACAAAUCGUCUCAGCAGGACGACAAUCAGCAGCAGGAGCAUCGACGUAUGCAUCGUAGCAACAGCGGUUGGCACCAGCUUGCAAAGAUAUCACAACUUCCAACAGCGAGUCGACAUCAACAGGCACGAUUCAAUCAUCAAAUGGCAGCAGCCAACGGCAAAGACGAGUCCAUUGUUCCUACCGAGGUGAACAAUCGCAUCAUGCAAGCCCAUAAGGCACAUGACCCUGAGCGUGUGGUGGCCGAGUUUGUGGCGGGUCGUACAGCAGGUGCACCAUUGUCUACGCAAACUUAUGAUGCCGUAUUGGAUGCCUAUGGUACUUUGCGCAAGCACAAUCAAAGCGUCAAGGCAAUGUGCGAAGUAUACGACGAUAUGGUUGCCAAUGGUGUUCAUCCUACAUCGCACGCUUAUGCAACUUUGUUAAAGUCUCUUUGCAACCGCGACAAUGAAGUCAAUCGCCUCGUGAGUUCGCUUCGUCACAAAAAGGCCCGUUAUGGAUUGGCAAUUGACAACCUUGGUGCCUUGGAGAAUGAGAGCAAUGCCAAUGUCGAACGAGCCGUUGCACUCUUUCAGCGAGCUGUGCAAGAACAACAAACCGAGGAUUUCGAUGUGGAUCUAUACAAUCGCAUGCUCAACAUGUUAUCUGUCAGCGGCAACACCAAGGAUGCUUUGUAUAUCUAUGAGACGCUUGAAGGAAGUGCUACAGCUAAACCGGAUAGUCAGACCUUUUCAAUGCUUAUUAGCAUGUAUGGCUACGCUGGUGACAUGUCCAAGGCUCAUGAAUGCUUCUCAGAGUAUCUUGCUUUGAGCAAUCGUCUUCCAAAGCAUGAUCCUACCCUCGUGUACAAUGCCUAUGUGUUUGCUCAUGUCGAUGCCGGUGACUUGGAUGGUGCUAUGGAGGUGGUGCGUACUAUUCGUGCCAACAAUGUACGCAUCAACAUUCGUCCUUACAACAAGAUCAUCAAUGGUGCAGCCAACAAGGAGAAUAUGGCCGUGAUUGAUCAAGUGUUGAAUGAAUUGCGCCAAGAUCCAAGCUUGCCAAAGCCUGAUGCCAACACCUAUGGUCCUUUGUUGUCCAUGUAUGCUCGUCGAGGCGAGUAUGACAAGGCUACAGAGCAAUUGGAACGAUUAUUGGAGCACGAUCUUUCUCGACAAUAUGGCCGUAUUGCUGAUUAUGUGUGCUUGUGCCGUUCUCAAAAGCAGCCUGAUCGUGCAUUGGAGGUAUUGAAACAAGCAAAUGCCAAGGGGAUGACAGUGGACGUCGACUUGAUUCGCGAGGUGCUUAAUGGAUACAUUGAAUUGGGUCGAUAUGCUCGUGUCGAUCAAGCCUUUGAGACGCUUGCUGGAAUGUAUGCAAAGACCAACUUCAUUGACAACAAAUCGCCUCUCACCUACAUGGCGACUGAUCUCGCAAUCAAGAACAACAAUCUCAAGGUCAGCGUGUCGUUGUUACGUCAAAUCUACAAGUACAGCGUGCGUAUGAGCCCACCAUUGGCAUCCAAUGUUCUUCGACAAUAUGAUGCUGCCAAGAAGGAUACUGCACAAUGGAAGGAGUUUUGCGAUUCGGCCGAUUCACGUGAUUAUGGUAUCUUGUACGAGGCUCUUUUCCGCACCAUUGAGGAACGUGAUCAGUUUGCCGAUCGUAUUUUCCAAUUGUUGGAUGACGUACGAGCUUUGAACAUUCCAUUAUCCAUGCCCAAUCUCUAUGUUCGUGUCAUGACCCAUCUCAAUCGUCUCAAGAAACCAGAUGCACAAGCUCGUUGGCAAAAGGAGUUUGAGCCUUUCUUGCAAGCAACUGAGGAGGGAGGAUCAGCAACAGCAGCAGCAGCAACAUCGCCAUCAGCAAGCACUUCUUCGGGUUCUUCAGCUUCUUCUUCAGCAAGCACAGUGGCAAAUGUGGAAUCUGGUUUGCAAUCGGGUGCUGCACUUGGUCUUGCUGUCAAGGGUGAUUUGAAGGGUGCUAUUGGCGUGUUGGAGCAACAAAUUUUGGGCAAGGGAUUGGUACCCAAGCCAAAUGUGAUUCGUGACAUGAUUCAACAAGCGACUCGGUACAAGGACAUUGCAAGUGCACAGCGUAUCUAUGACUUGACCAAGGAUAGUCUCGGCCAAUUGGUAGCCAAUGGCAACAACGGCAACAAUACCCAACAGCGUCAUGCAGUACAAAAUGUGCUCAACAGCAUGUUGAUUGCCUAUGCACGAGCUGAGGAUAUUCCACGCGCCAAGGAAUUUUACGAUGAGUUGCGUGCACGUGACAUGGUGCCUGAUGGUGACGGCUAUGCAUCAUUACUUGCUUGUACACCCAACAGCACAGCGGAUGAAUCGACCGAUGCAUUGGAUAUUUACGACGAGGCGAUGAAGCAUCAUGUUCGACCCACGGUGUACUUUUACAAUGUGAUCAUGUCGAAGCUUGCAAAGUGCCGAAAGAUUGAACUUGUGCUCCAAUUCUUUGAUGAAAUGAAGCGUAAUCGUGUGGCACCCAAUUCGAUCACCUAUGCAGCAGUUAUCACGGCUUGUUUGAAAUGUUCUUCGGAUGUACGUGCGGAGCGCUAUUUCCAUGAGAUGCUUGGUGAUCCUCGAUUCCAACCUCGUAUUGGUGUAUUCAACAGCAUGAUUCAAUUCUACACACAACAAAAGCCCAAUCGCGAGAAGGCUUUGGAGUAUUUCCACUUGUUGCAACGAUACCGCCUUCAACCCUCAGCACAUACAUUCCGCCUUUUGAUCGAGGUGCAUUCCAAUAUCACGCCAUUCGACAUGGUUACAGCACAUCGUGUUCUCACUGAUAUGGAACGUCGUCAUGGUGUCUCUCCUGGUCCUACUCAUUAUGCUACGCUUAUUCGCUCUUAUGGCUGUUUGCAUCGGGACGUUCCUUCAGCAGAGGCUGUGUACAAUGAAAUGCGAAAGGCUCGUGUCAAGCCUGAUGACUCGGUUUAUCAAGCCAUGUUCAGCACUUACAUCGAGAACAACGACUUGGAAUCAGCCGAGCGACUUUAUGGAGAAAUGCGUAAAGGUGGUGCCAUGUCUUCUGCAUACAUUGAGAAUCUCUUUAUUGCUGGCUAUGGUACUCGUGGUAUGAUGGAGAAGGCCGAAGAACGUUGGAACAAGCUCGCAGAUGUUAAGCAUGAUACCGAUCGAUCCGUUAUUGUUCGUGAACCAAGCACUUAUGAAGCCAUGGUCAAGGCCUAUCUCGCCAAUAAUCAACAAGACAAGGCUGCAAGCAUUGUAAAGCAGAUGCAAGGCGCUCGUAAUUUCCCUGUCAAGAUCGUUGAAGCUGUCAACCAAUUGCUCACUACCACCAACACCACCACUACUACCACUUCUUCCACGACCACUCCUACAGCUUAA